AAAGAUGACAAAAAUGAUGAAGAGAAGAGGUUGGUCCAUUUUGGUUGCUAAUAAAUUUAGAGUCCAUAAUUAUAUAGAAGAAUGGUCUUUUUUUAAAUGGGCUCGAUGUCUUGUGAAUUAAAAAAAUAAAAGGAAGCGUUAUCUAAUGAGAGGUGUCACUCUAAUUAUCCUGAUAUUUUUUUAGGAAUCAAAUCAUCGGUUAGAUAUAAUCGAAUUGAUAUUUCCUUUUGUUGGUUUGUAAAGUUAGUGUCCAGUUGUUUUCUUGUUUCAUAUUUGAAAUAAGUUAUAAGGGUGUGGAAACCUCCCUACAACAGAUGUGUUUUAAAAAUCGUGAAGUUGACGGUAAUAGGAUGAGCCAGAGCCAAAGCGGAUAAUAUCGGUUAGCAAUGAGCUUGAGUUGUUACAAAUAAUGACAUUGGGUGGUAUGCUAGCGAGGAUGCUAGACUCCAAAGGGGUGUGUGACACAAAGUGGUAUGUCAGCGAGGACGCUGAGCCUGAAGGAGGCGUGACACUUGGUGGUAUGCAAGCAAGGAUGCUGGCCCCUAAGGAGUGUGACAUCUAGUGGUAUACCAAGAAGUACGCUAACUUCCAAGAAGUAAAUUGAAAUGAUUAUAAAUAAAGGCCGAAAGAACUCCGAAAUUAUCAAGCAAGCCAGCGAGGGAGAAAAUGGAUCUCACAAGGAAGAUCCAGCAACAAUUUCAAGCUCUCAAUCCAAUCUCUUUUUCCAUAUGCCUUUUCUUCUUCUUCAUACUUCUGCUAAAGAUCUUCAAACGCAACAAACUCAACUUACCUCCUUCACCACCAAGGCUACCCAUCAUAGGCAACCUCCACCAAUUAGGUGCCCUGCCACACCAAUCCAUGGCAGCUCUUUCUAACAAAUAUGGCCCUCUAAUGCUCCUAAAGCUUGGCCAGACACAAGCCCUUGUGGUUUCAUCACCAAAAAUAGCUAAAGAAGUGAUGAAGACCCAUGACAUCAUAUUCUCCAACAGACUACAAACUACUGCCUCAAAGAAAUUGCUGUACCAAUGUCAAGACAUUGCCUUUGUUCAUUGUAGUGAGUACUGGAGACAAGCCAGGAAAGUGUGCGCUCUUGAGCUUUUUAGUGUCAAAAGAGUGGACUCCUUUCAGUACGUAAGGGAUGAGGAAGUUGGUGGGCUCAUGGACAGGAUUCGUAAGGCUAGUGUGGGCGGUGAGGCUGUGAAUCUAAGUCAGUUGUUCCUUCAAACAUCGAACAAUAUAGUGUCUAGAUGCGUUUUGGGAGAGAAAUUUGAGGAUGAAAAUGGGAAUAGUCAAUUUGGAGAGACAGCCAGAAAGCUUAUGGUGCUAAUUGUGGCGUUUUGUGUAGCUGAUCUUUUUCCUUCUCUUUGGUGGAUUGAUAUUAUUAGAGGGUUCAAUAAGGAGUUGAAAGAUUGCUUCAAAACAUUGGAUACAUUUUUUAGUAAAGUGGUUGAAGAACACAAGGAAAAAAUAAGAGCCGGUGUUCUAACGGAUGAAUUUAAGAAGGAUUUUGUGGAUAUCAUGUUGCAGCUCCAACAGGAUGACAUGGGUGACUAUCAUUUCUCUUCCGACCAGCUCAAAGCAAUCAUACUGGACAUGUUUGUUGGUGCCAGUGACACAACAGCGACGGUACUAGAGUGGACAAUGACAGAGCUGAUGAGAAACCCAGCCGCCAGGAAGAAAGCCCAAGAGGAAGUAAGAACAAUAAUAGGAAAGAAACAAAAGAUUGAAGUCGAAGAUAUACAAAAGAUGGAGUAUAUUCACUGUAUCGUAAAGGAAUCUCUAAGGCUCCACCCGCCCGUUCCUCUGCUAGUGCCACGAGAAACAACAGCAGAUGUGGAGAUUGACGGCUACCAUAUUCCAUCAAAAACAGGAGUCUUUGUGAACGUCUGGAAAAUCCAAAGGGAUCCCGAAUAUUGGAAGAAUCCAACCGAGUUCAUUCCGGAGAGGUUUAUGGAUAACUGUUCAGCGGAUUACAAAGGCCAAGACUAUGAGUUUAUUCCAUUUGGGAGUGGGAGAAGGAAGUGCCCAGGAAUGUCAUUUGGGGUUUCUUCAUUUGAACAGGCAUUGGCUAAUCUUCUCCAUUGGUUUGAUUGGAAGCUUCCCAGUGGCUGUGAAUUGAGCGUUGAAGAAGAAGAUGGGCUCACUGUUCACAAGAAAACCCCCCUUGUUCUUAACCCAAUGCCAUGUUUCUAAUCAAAUUUAAAUAAAUAAUUCUCAUGUGGGUAACUUUAUUAUGCAGUUAUAUUUUGUGUAAACAAGUUUAUUGGUUGGUAAUACAUCCGUAUACAUACAACCCACCCGUGCGAACGUAGGUCCACUAGAAGAGCGUCCGGAAGUACAACAAUCCCUUGAAUAUCAUGCAAGUAUGAUGAUGAUGAUCAUUAUCAUAGUGCACAUCUCCGUACUCAUCGUCAUAAAAGGGGAAGUAAUUAUAUGCAUGAUGUCUCUAUUAUUUUCAUUUUGAAUCAUUCAUGUGACACAACCCCAUACAUCGUAACACAUCAUAAUGUCAUAUCAGAUCACAUCAUAACACAU